AUGGAAGUGUUGAGCCCUAGUCAUAAGAAGGAGGAUGAUUUCGAUUUCAAUAGAUUCUCAUAUACUGCACCUUCUUCACCAAAGCGAUUCGGUGAAGCUUUUUACUUAAGUGCCCCUACUAGUCCGUCAAGAUUUUACGCCCAAUUCGAAGAUGAUGAAGAUGAUGGAUUCGCGUUUCCGGUUAACAGAGAACAAGAUUCAUCGCCUCGUUCAGCUGGAGAACUCUUCGACGAUGGAAUAAUCAAGCCGUUGGAAUCUGAUAAUUCUCCUCUUUUAUCUCCGAAUCGAGACAAACAAUCUACCAAACAAUCUCCAAUAGCGAAAGGGAAGAAAGCGAUCGUCGAAGCUUUUUCAUCUAAGAAUGAGAAAGAUCUAUCUGCUGAGAGAAGAGGUAGAGACAGAACACCGUCUUCUGAAUUUUCUACAUCGAAAUCUGGUAGAAGAAUCAUUCGUUCUGAUUCUCCCUAUAGAAAACCACAAUACACAUGGAUAGAGCAGCAACAAUUUCGACAUCAACAAGAACAAAAACUAAGUAAUCAGGUUAUUAAAGGGGAAUCGGUUGACUCUGUUUCUUCGUCUCAUUCUUGGAGAAAUUCUAAAAUAUGGAGAUUGAAGGAUUUCUUGUUGUUUCGUAGUGCUUCAGAAGGGAGAGGUACGAGCAAGGAUCCAUUCAGGAAAUUUCCAGUUUCUUACAACAAGAAAUCAUCUGAAGAACGUAAAGGUUGGCCAAAGUCCAGAAGAAAAGAAUCUGUUGUUUCUGCGCAUGAAUUGCAUUACGCAAGAAAGAAAGCUGAAACUGAGGAUUUGAAGAAGAAAACUUUUUUGCCUUAUAAACAAGGGAUUUUGGGUAAGUUGGCUGGCUUAGGAUCAAGCACAAGAUGA